CCGUGUUUCAGCGGUACCUUAAGAGUGCCUCGCACUGCGGUCCCAGCCACACACAGCCAACCAGGUCUCAGCAGGCCAUCCCUGACUCAGCUCGGCAGGCAUGUGGUCCACCUUCUACAUCCAGGAUGAUGAGGGGCGGACGCCUGGAAGCGGAGGGGGGAACCCCGGCCAGGCGGGGAUUUCCGCCGUGAUGGGCGGUGCUCGCGGGGGCGCCAAGCGGCGGGCACGCACCGCCUCCACCUCUGCCUCCGGGGCGGGCAUGAGCGACAGCCAGGAGGGCAAGAUCAAGCUGGCGUUCUUCGUGGCGGUGGUGGGCAUCGUGCUGGCCGUGCUCGGCGUGGGCACGGAGUUCUGGGCGGAGCUGGCGCCGUCCAAGAACUACUCCAGCAACCACACCUGCCAGGUGGCGCACUACGGCCUGUGGAAGAGCUGCGUCAAGUCCCUGUGGGUGGCCGACGUCGACCCCGAGAGGGAGAGCUGCGGGCCAGCCGACUUGCCGGGAGAAUCUAACUGCACCUUCUUCAAGUUCUUCACCACCGGGGAGAAUGCGGUUCUGUUUCAAAAGACGACGGACAAGAGACUUAGCACGGCGACAGGUCUCAUGGCCAUCUUCAGCCUCUUCCUCAUGGUCAUGGGCGCCAUCUGCAUCACUAUGGCCAUCAGCAAACGAGUGCCUUUCUUCCUGAAGCCCGCCUCCGUCUGCUUCACAUUGUCUGGCAUCCUGCUUCUUCUGUCACUCAUCGUUUUCCACCAAUCGGUGUUGGCGUUGUUGGCAAGUGACCACACAGUCCCGCUGCAUCAUGAGCUCUCGUGGUCAGUGAGUUGUUCUGCCUGUGCUGCCACCUUGCUCAUAAUCGGUGGGAUUCUCUUCCUACUCCAGGCCCUACCCUACAGUCCCUGGCAGAAGUGUAUGUCAAAUAAGGAUGCAGAGAGUUAGUACACCUAUACUACUGACUUUUAUAAAUAUUUUGUACAAUGUCACACUGCAUAUUUCUUUCUACUUGAAGGUGUAUGUGUGGUGUAUGGUAGUUGAAUGACUAGCAAUUGAAGACUUUAUUUUAAAUCAAGUGAUUUUGUAAUUAAUAUGUAAUUGUACAUUCCUUAUAUCUUAUUUGAACGUUUCAAGCCUUUAUAUCAGUGUUUGUAACAUGUUGCCUUCUGUACUGUCAUAGCAAGAGCCCCACAGUCCCAUUUGAAUUCAGUUCAACAGUUUAUUUGAAACCAGACUUCAUACAGACUAGAGGAAAUCUUGCAAUUCUUCACACAGAUCUCUGUUCCUCAAGGUUACCGAGCACUGUACAGUAGCUUGAGUCGCUGCAGUCAACAACUAGAGCAGCCAGACAACUACAAUGCGCCACUGUGACUCUGGGGGACAUUAUUUUAAAGGAACCGUAUGUUGGAUACUGGACAAAACUGGUACUGCAAUCACUUUCAAAAUACUGUAGAGAGGUGUAUAACUAAAGCAGAGCCGACAACCUGGAUGCCAAAAAAAACACUGACUUUGUGAUUAGUAGAUGGAUGGAGGGUGGCGCAUAAGGCAAAAACACACACAUGUAAACAUUAACAUCAGUUGAGGGCUGCAACUUCACUUCUUUAAAUGACAAUAUCCUGGCCGGACAACAGUGAUACAAGUAUUUGAAAUGAGCAUGAUUUUUUAUGUCAAGUGACAUAUCAGGGCCAUUUUAUAAUUAAUUGAAAUACAUUUCUUACAUAGGGUUCCUUUAAAAUUGCCGUUCUCCUUUAAAGGUAGGGUAUGGAAUUUGCUUUUUUGCCAAUUUUAGCCAAAUCACUUGAUAUCCUAUUGCUAACCCACUUACAGCCACUGAGUUGGAAGCACUGAAAUGGAAAUUAAACACGUCAAUCAUCUGUAGAGCGGGCAGGGCUCGAAAAACUCCAGCCAAUAAUAUUCUUAACCCGCUACCAUCAUUUCACAGCUCGUUCGUCAAUCUAACGGUCUUCCUCCUCUUCCUCCACCCCCUCCCCCCCGUGUGCGCGACCAUUUCGUGCACAUACUCAAAGCUGGUGAACUGCGAGCCAAACGAAACCAACUAGGCCUGCUGCACGUCCCCUAUGUUCCCCUCUGGUUGUAUGUGUCACUUCAUUUCUAUUAGCUAAGACAGCGGAUUCCUGGAGAUUCCCGGAGACUCAAGCACCCACGCAAUAAAUAAGCUAUGUAGCAAUACAUAGCUUAAAUACAUUUUACUGUGACUCGAAGAGUGUUGUAAACCUGAAACCGAAACUUAACCGCUUGGAGCUCUAGUGGAAUAAGCGAACCACCGGGCCAGCUCUAAACUCGGAUAUUUCAGGAGGUAAAAGCCCCUGUAAGAACCAAACCAGAUUCUUUUCAAAUGUACUCACCUAUGGCUACUGAAAAAUGAAAGGUUAAUUUAUCAAAUGUUAUUUUGGUGUAUUAAAAAGCAUCGUUGUUUUCAGAAUUUCCGAAAGGGGCGGUACUAAUUGGUGCUUUUACGAUUAUCUAUAAAAUCAUCAGCCUUCAGGGAUUUGUGGAACUAUUACCUACAACCCUUUGGAGGUGAAUAAAGAAUGUAAAACUAGUUAGCGAAGUAACCUGCUUGGGGAAGUCCUGUACAGACACCAGGCUGGCAUUUCAUUUUAUACAGCUCAAGAGUGCCUAUAGCCUGGCUCGCUCUCGUGCAUGAAUCUGCGUCCAUGUUCUUCGGAGGGAGGGACUAUCAGUUGUGUAUUUUCAAAAAUCUGCCAGCCGUUUUCUAUGCAAAUUCCAUACCCAACCUUUAAGCAGGACUGACAUAACAGUGUCAUAAACAUGUUGUAGUAGGUGUCAUCUGCCGAUGGCCAAUCAUGAAUGGCCUUUAAAUGUACAUGCUAUACAGUAAGAUCUUAUUGACACAUGUUAAGCUGUCAUAUUACAUACUGUAGUAGGCUACAAAAUGUGUAUGGUGAGAUCAUACUGAUACCAACCACUAGACGUUUACUAUGACAUGUUUGACAUAUGUCAUGACAAGAGCAUGACAUGGAUAUGUUGUCCUAUAAACCAAGGCUAACAUGUAACGUCCUUAUAUGUGUCCUUCGCAGUAUCCUUACCGUGAGGUAAACCUCACAAUUCAAUUUGUGGCACUUCAUAGCUUUGCUUUCGCUAAUUUAUGUUUUAUUGUAUGUUUCUGUCCAUGUCAAAAGUCACUUUUUGUUCUCCCUACUCACUAUUUCAAUUACAUUUAUUUUAAAAUCAUACGUAAUAUAGAAUCUCAAAUGUCUGAUAUUCAUGGGUUUCAUCAGGUCCCUUUCCACAGGUGUACAAAAUCAAGCACCUUGAUUAUCAAUGCAGACUGCAUGGUGCUUGAUUAAUACACCUGUGCAAAGGGACCUGAUGAAACCCAUGAAUAUGGUCAGUUUAAGUACUUGUAUGAUUUCAUCUGUUAUAUAACCUGUGUAAUGGUUUAAAAACAAUGCUUAAUCAACUAUAUUUGACAGUGAACAGACAAAGACAUCAUUUCAUCAAUGCCAUCUAGAUUUGCAACAGCAACAAAGCACUUUAUACCUGAACAAUGCAAACUGUAUGUAAGCCAUAGACAUAGGCUACUGUACAUGUCUAACCAAAGGGCUGUGAAGACCCGCUUGUAAUGGAAUACUGCACAUUUCCAUAGCGUAUUUACAGAUUUGAUGUUCUUAAACUUCUGUCUUGCUGUGAUUUGGAUGCUACUGUAAGUCUUUUCCAGUGCAGCCGUCUAAAUCAGGA